AUGUCACCAACCUUAAAUGAUGUUAGUGUAAUUCUAGGGAUUCCAGUGAUUGGUAAAUCAGUCUCUUGCAAGAAGUUAUCAAAUGUUGACGUUGCAAAUCUGCUAGUCGAGGCUUUGGGAGUAACAACAAAUGAGGCAAAUUUAGCGUUGAAGGUAACAUGGGGCCUGUCUAUAAAAGGCUGUACCUUAUUUGCAAACAAGACUGGCACACGUGUUCCAGUAGUGUAUUUGUCUUUUCUUAUGGAUUUGCGAUCGGUUGCUUCUUAUGCUUGGGGUGCAGCCACAUUGGCUUUUUUAUACUGGCAAUUGGGUACUGCCACAAGGUAUGUCGUGAAACAGAUGGCAGGAUACAUGACAUUGCUAGAAGCUUGGAUUUACGAGCAUUUUGUUGGUGCUAGACCCCACCCCAAUUUGGACUAUAAAGAAGAUCAGCCUCAUGUCUUUCGUUGGAUUUCUCGUACCCAAUUUGGUUCGUCAACGUCUAUUUUACAAAGGUUGCGAGAGGACCUUGAUAGAUUAGAGGCCCAUGAUGGUUUGAAUUUGUUUGAUAGUUUGUUUGUUUGA